AUGAGCAAUCGGGGUAGAGGUACAAGAAGAGCCUCUAGCUCAAGAGCACAAGUGGUUGAAGACCCAAGAGUAGAUGGGGUCCUUAGAGCGCUAGAACAGAUUGGGAAUAUGAUGGGCGGGCAGGCUGAAGAACGAGCUGCCACUGUCGCCCAACAGGCUCAAGAGAGGGCUGCUAAUGUUGCCCAAGUUGCUGAAGCUGCGAUUCUUGCCGUGAAUAUGGUGAAUGGGAACAAUGGGAAUAAUGGAAAUAAUGGUCGGGGUAACGGAGGUGGUAAUGCCCAUGGCACUGUGCCAAAUUGGACUGUCUUUGCUGAGGCAUUUAAUGCAAAGUAUUUCUCGGAGGCGGCCCAAGAACAAAAGCUGGUUGAAUUUCAGAACCUCCGCCAGAAUCGGAUGACAAUUGAUCGGUAUGAAGCUGAGUUCUCCAGAUUGUCCAAGUAUACUCCAAGAAUGGUUGAGAACCCCGUGGAUAGGGCAAGGAGGUUUAGAGAUGGACUGAGGUCCGAUCUUCGCAGCCAGCUAGUGCUUCUGAAUUUGAAAGAUUAUGAUGAGCAGUAUGAAAGAGGCCGGUUGGUAGAACGGGACAUGAGAGAAAGAGGAAUCACAUUUGGACCACGAUUUGCUCCUGCUAGGGAUAAUCGUCACUUUGGCAAGAGGCAUGUGACUAACAAUAGGCGUUUCGUCCCUUCCGUCAAGAAGAAUAUUGGGAAGCCAACAUAUCAAGCUAACUGGACUUAUCGGCUUUGUGGACGGAAGCAUGGGAAUGGGCCUUGCCCAAGCAAGAUGGGAGCUAAUCUAAAUAGGCCGCCAAAUCAAGGAAAAGUAUAUGCUGUGGCGCGCAAGGAGGCGGAGAAUGCGCCCGGCGUGGUCACGGGUAAGAUUUCUUUAUGUGACCAAGCUGCUUAUGCCUUAUUUGAUCCUGGAGCAUCGCAUUCUUUUGUGUCUGCACAAUUUGCUGAUUUGGCCGAAAUGGAAUUGAAACCGCUGGAUGUGAUAUUGCAUGUUACCACCCCUUUAAAGGAUAAGGUGCUAGUCUCGUUAGGAUGCCAGAAUUGUAAGAUAGUUAUUGGUGGUAGCGAAGAGCCGAUAGACUUAGCAGUAUUGGCCAUGUAUGACUUUGAUGUUAUUAUUGGUAUGGAUUGGUUGGAGACUAAGCUAGAUGGUAUAGCUGUGGUGCAUGAAUUUCCCGAUGUCUUUCCUCAAGAAUUACCGGGAUUGCCAUCCGAAAGGGAAGUAGAGUUUGUGAUUGAGUUAGCCCACGGAACGGAACCGAUCUCGAAGGCGCCCUAUAGGAUGUCCUUAUUGGAGUUGAAAGAGUUAAAGGCAGCUGAAUCAAGUUACCAUCAAGAAUAA